UCGCGGGGCGCGGGCGAUUCGAGGCCGACGCGUCCGCGCGUGCGCGCGCCGGCGGAGUGUCGGCGUUUGAGGGGAGGGACGCGUGCGCGUUCGCGUGCGCCCCGGAGAGCGGUAAGGAGCGCAGGGAGGCUUGAAGGAGGUGGGGGUGGAGCGGCCGCGGGAGGAGGGGGUGGCGGCGGCGAGGCGGCGCCUGCGCAGUGAGCCCGGAGGAGCGGUGUGUAUGUGAGAAUCUGACGGGUUCAAAAUGGCGGCGGCUGCUUCAGCGGAUCCUCCUGUUUGAGGGAAACAACACCCCUCCCCGGCAGCGGCGGCGGCGGCGGCGGGCCGCGGAGCCCCUUUCCAGCUCCCGGGCCUGUCGCGGCUGUUUUUCUCCCGGGCGGGGGCCUCCGCGUGGAAGGGCAACGUCAGGGGGCCCAUCCCCCGGAGUCCCUCCUCUGCGACCGGGGAGUACCCGGGGGGGGGGGCCGGGGGGGUCGUCCCGCAGCGCGGAGCCCCGGCUCGGGGCACGACGCCGAGGCAGCCGGGGCCCCCCAGCCGGAGCGCCUCGCCGCUCCCGCCCUCUCCGCCCCCCGGGGCCGGGGCCCGCGUUCCGGGGGGCCGGGCGGCGCGGGGAGCGUCGGCCGGGCGGGUCUCAGCUGAUCGCCGCGGCUCCGGGCUUCCGAAGCGGCUGCGGCCGCCCGCGGUACCGAGAGGAGGGUGUUCUCCGCGGCCGGCUCGGCCCGGGUCUUGGGCCGGGGCUGCUGACCGCCAGCCCCGGGGAGUCGCCAAGUGGUCUUGCUCUCCUGACUGACGCCUGGGACUCGGAGUCCGUGAAGCCAGAAGAGGAGGCUUGAUUCAGUAACUGUUUCCUCUUUCUCCGGGUCGCUCUGACCCUCCCCUGGAUACUGGGUUAAUACACGGAAAAACCGAAGACGACGUUCGGUGUUGUAUUUUUUUCUGUUUUUGGAAUCUUACUUGGACAAGAACUCAAGAACAAAAUCCCCGGGGGUGAGUUAUAGAAACGCCUUUUCCCCUGGGGAGCAGUCGAGGUCUGCCACUUUCCUGUCCGGUCCUGGCGGCGCUCGUCCGGGGGGUGCAGACUGUGUCCCUCGAGACCCAGGCCGAGGAGGGCAGCGCCGCGAACUGCUCUCGAAAACUAUGUCAUCGGGUCCUUUCUGAAAGGAUCCCGUUAACGUGGCUGUGAUGUAUUUACAAGAGAGAAAAACAUUUGCAUUCCCAGUGGAAGCCAUUAUCCAGGAGAAAGAAUAUUUAGAAAAGCGAAAACCCUUGUUGUUCGGGAUUGACUGACACGCCAACCGGUCUCUAUUUAAUGAGGAAGAGGAGGACAGCUCUGGAGUGGUUUCUUUGUAGUACUUCCAUUAGAAGAGUAAGAGAUGGAACCUGAAGAAGAAAGGAUUCGGUACAGCCAGAGAUUGCGUGGUACCAUGCGACGUCGCUAUGAAGACGAUGGCAUUUCAGAUGAUGAAAUUGAAGGGAAAAGAACUUUUGACUUGGAAGAGAAGCUCCACACCAACAAAUAUAAUGCUAAUUUUGUUACCUUUAUGGAGGGAAAAGAUUUUAAUGUAGAAUAUAUCCAGCGAGGUGGCUUGAGAGACCCUCUGAUUUUCAAGAAUUCUGAUGGACUUGGAAUAAAGAUGCCAGACCCAGAUUUCACGGUGAAUGAUGUCAAAAUGUGUGUGGGGAGUCGUCGAAUGGUGGAUGUCAUGGAUGUGAACACACAGAAGGGCAUUGAAAUGACCAUGGCUCAAUGGACACGAUACUAUGAAACCCCAGAGGAGGAGCGAGAAAAACUCUAUAAUGUCAUCAGCCUAGAGUUUAGCCACACCAGGCUUGAGAAUAUGGUACAGCGACCUUCCACGGUGGAUUUCAUUGACUGGGUAGAUAACAUGUGGCCAAGGCACUUGAAAGAAAGUCAGACUGAAUCAACAAAUGCCAUCUUAGAGAUGCAGUACCCUAAAGUGCAAAAGUACUGUCUAAUGAGUGUUCGAGGCUGCUAUACUGACUUCCAUGUGGAUUUUGGUGGUACUUCUGUUUGGUAUCAUAUCCACCAAGGUGGAAAGGUCUUCUGGCUCAUCCCCCCUACAGCCCACAACCUGGAGCUGUACGAGAAUUGGCUGCUGUCAGGGAAACAGGGAGACAUCUUUCUGGGUGACCGGGUGUCAGAUUGCCAACGAAUUGAACUCAAGCAGGGCUAUACCUUCGUCAUUCCCUCAGGUUGGAUUCAUGCUGUGUAUACACCUACAGACACAUUAGUGUUUGGAGGCAAUUUUUUGCAUAGCUUCAACAUCCCCAUGCAGUUAAAGAUAUACAGCAUUGAAGAUCGGACACGGGUUCCAAAUAAAUUCCGUUACCCAUUUUACUACGAAAUGUGUUGGUAUGUGUUAGAGCGCUAUGUAUACUGCAUAACCAACCGAUCCCACCUAACUAAGGAAUUUCAGAAAGAAUCCCUUAGCAUGGAUAUGGAACUAAGUGAGUUGGAGUCUGGAACUGGUGAUGAGGAAGGGGUGGACAAAGAAGCCCGACGCUUGAACAGUAAGCGGUCUGUGCUUACCAGCCCCGUUGCUAAUGGCGUCAACCUGGAUUAUGAUGGACUUGGCAAAGCCUGCCGAAGUCUUCCAAGUUUGAAGAAAACUUUGUCUGGAGACUCACCCUCAGACUCUAGUCGAGGAUCCCACAAUGGCCAAGUUUGGGAUCCCCAGUGUAGCCCUAGAAAGGAUAGGCAAGUGCAUCUGACCCACUUUGAACUUGAAGGUCUUCGCUGUCUUGUAGAUAAGUUAGAGUCACUGCCACUGCACAAGAAGUGUGUCCCCACAGGGAUAGAAGACGAAGAUGCUCUAAUUGCUGAUGUAAAGAUUUUGCUGGAGGAACUUGCCAGUAGUGAUCCCAAGUUAGCCCUCACUGGAGUUCCUAUAGUGCAGUGGCCAAAAAGGGAUAAGCUUAAAUUCCCUACCAGGCCAAAGGUAAGGGUUCCUACCAUUCCCAUCACAAAGCCUCACACCAUGAAGCCAGCUCCCCGUUUAACACCAGUAAGGCCUGCUGCUGCCUCCCCCAUUGUGUCAGGAGCCCGGAGGAGGAGAGUGCGCUGUAGGAAAUGCAAAGCAUGUGUGCAAGGAGAAUGUGGUGUCUGCCACUACUGCAGGGACAUGAAGAAGUUUGGUGGGCCUGGACGAAUGAAGCAAUCCUGUGUCCUCCGACAGUGCUUAGCACCCAGACUGCCUCAUUCAGUUACAUGUUCUCUCUGUGGAGAAGUGGAUCAGAAUGAAGAGACACAAGACUUUGAGAAGAAGCUCAUGGAAUGCUGCAUAUGCAAUGAGAUAGUUCAUCCUGGCUGCCUCCAGAUGGAUGGAGAGGGGUUGCUUAACGAGGAGUUGCCAAAUUGCUGGGAGUGUCCAAAGUGUUACCAGGAAGACAGCUCGGAGAAAGCCCAGAAGCGGAAAAUAGAAGAGAGCGAUGAAGAAGCUGUACAAGCCAAAGUCUUACGGCCCCUGAGGAGCUGCGAGGAGCCCCUCACACCCCCGCCUCACUCUCCUACUUCCAUGCUGCAACUCAUCCACGACCCGGUUUCUCCCCGGGGUAUGGUGACUCGGUCAUCCCCUGGGGCUGGCCCCAGCGACCACCACAGUGCCAGCCGUGAUGAGCGCUUCAAACGGCGGCAGUUGCUGCGGCUACAGGCCACAGAGCGCACCAUGGUACGGGAAAAGGAGAACAAUCCCAGCGGCAAAAAGGAGCUGUCUGAAGUUGAGAAAGCCAAGAUCCGGGGAUCGUACCUCACUGUCACGCUACAGAGGCCCACCAAAGAGCUCCACGGGACAUCCAUUGUGCCCAAGCUGCAGGCCAUCACGGCCUCCUCUGCCAACCUUCGCCCUAACCCCCGUGUGCUAAUGCAGCACUGUCCAGCCCGAAACCCCCAGCGUGGGGAUGAGGAGGGGCUGGGGGGAGAGGAGGAGGAAGAGGAGGAGGAGGAGGAAGAUGACAGUGCAGAGGAGGGGGGUGCAGCCAGGCUGAAUGGCCGGGGCAGUUGGGCUCAGGAUGGAGACGAAAGCUGGAUGCAGCGGGAGGUCUGGAUGUCUGUCUUCCGCUACCUCAGCCGCAGAGAACUUUGUGAAUGUAUGCGAGUGUGCAAGACGUGGUAUAAAUGGUGCUGUGAUAAACGACUUUGGACAAAAAUUGACUUGAGUAGGUGUAAGGCCAUCGUGCCCCAAGCUCUCAGUGGUAUCAUCAAGCGGCAGCCAGUAAGCCUCGACCUUAGUUGGACUAACAUCUCCAAAAAGCAGCUGACAUGGCUGGUCAAUAGGCUGCCAGGACUAAAAGACCUCCUACUAGCAGGCUGUUCCUGGUCUGCAGUCUCUGCCCUCAGCACCUCCAGCUGCCCCCUUCUCAGGACCCUUGAUCUUCGGUGGGCAGUAGGAAUUAAAGACCCUCAAAUUCGGGAUUUGCUUACUCCACCCACAGAUAAACCAGGUCAAGACAAUCGAAGCAAGCUCCGGAACAUGACUGACUUCCGGCUGGCAGGCCUUGACAUCACAGAUGCCACUCUCCGGCUCAUCAUUCGCCACAUGCCCCUUUUGUCUCGACUUGACCUCAGUCACUGCAGCCACCUUACAGAUCAGUCCUCCAACCUACUCACUGCUGUCGGGUCUUCCACUCGGUACUCCCUCACAGAGCUCAAUAUGGCAGGUUGCAAUAAAUUGACAGACCAGACCCUGUUCUUCCUAAGGCGAAUUGCUAAUGUCACCUUGAUUGACCUUCGAGGAUGCAAACAGAUCACAAGAAAAGCCUGUGAGCACUUCAUCUCAGACUUGUCCAUCAACAGCCUCUACUGCCUGUCUGAUGAGAAACUGAUACAGAAAAUUAGCUAAGACAUGCUCAGCCCGGACUGAACAGGAAAAUCUUCCCCUGCCUUCCCACCAAGGAGAGUCUCUCCCUGACCCUGCGCAGGCUCUGAGGCCAACGACACACUCCCUCUCUGCUCUUUUUUCUCUGAGCCCUUCUCCCAUAGGUGGGGCAGAGAGGAUGGUGGACACCAAGGUCACUUGCCUGCUCCUCUCCCUCCCAAGGAAAAGAGAGGAGAGGUUGAUCGAGGAGAAAGCACAGGCUGUGCUGUCCCAGUACCUGCUUGCUUGCUCGUCUGCCAGCUGGGAAGCUGGGCUCUCAGUUUUGGGGAAUUUGUGCAUCUUUCACCUGCACUGGGCCAAGAGCCCUUCCUUCUCACCCAUGGUCCCCAGCAGUGCCUGGUUCUGAAGCAAACUCCAGGGAGGAAGGCGGUCUUGCCUCCGUGGCCAGGUUCUCCUUGUGAUGUCCGUUGCGUGUCUCUCCUCAGUUGCACUCUCCCGGCUUCUGCAGGAUGGGCCUAUAGCCCUAGAAAACACCAGGCCUGGCAGGUCUCAGUGGUGCUGUGAGAUGUCUGAAGCUUUGCUCCAUGUCUGUGCUAGCCCUUUUUUCUUUUCCCUGAGCUUGAUGCUGUCCAACACUCAUUUAUAUAAUGCAGCCUCCAUUCUACUACCACCCCCUAAACUUUCCCACUAGUCUCUGAGUCCGUUGUUGCACUUACUGGGGUUAUCAAAAGCUCUUCAGAGGAGCUGGAACGGUGCCCCCAGAGAUGCCCAUUUCAUUGCUACCCAGGCAUAUUCUAAGACAGACAUCAUCUCCCCUCUGCACCCCCAGUGUUGCCCACCAACUAACUGCCCUUUCCACAUGUCCUCUUUCCUGCCUGAAAAGGGUUUCCUAAAAUUGGUGACCUCAGAAGGAGCAGCAUGUUUCCCCAGGUGGGGGAACAGAGGACUGGUUGAGUUCCCACCUGCCUCCAGGCCAGGCUUCUCCAGGCUCUGGUUUCGCGUGGCCCUCUGAGCCCAGGCCUAUGUAUAGCCUAGCAGCUCACUGACCUGGUGCCUUUUAAGGGGAGUCCUGAUUGAAAGCCACCUGCCCUCUGCCUGUAGCCUUGGAAGUGUGUGUGCAUGUGCCUCUGUGUGUCUAGCUAAGUGUGCUGCACUUGUGUGCAGGGAAGGAGAGGGGAGUAUGAUGUCUCCCACUCCUCCACCACCAUUUUUCAAGCCCCAUCAGCUGCCCCCUGUACUUUGCAUUGAACGGCCUGUCCAAAGAUCCUCUCUCUAGGGCAGCAGAGAGCUUUUUGCACUUUAAAAAAAGAAAAAGUGGUCGGAUUUAUUCUGGGUCAAUAUUUAGAGUGUGAGGAGAUGCUCAGCAGAGGCCUGUGGCCAGAGUUCGUCAGUAAUACAUGCAAAUUUGCACUCUGCUCCCCAUCUGUAGGAGAUUGAUAGCACAGCCUUGCCCCGCCUUCUCUUUACCCCAAACAUAACCCCACUUCCUAUCCAUUUCCUGUUACCCAGCCUCAGGCUUUCCUAAACUCCCAUCAGGAGGGACAGAGCCCAGGCACCAUGAGUCUAAAGUGUGAAUCGCCCAAGGAGGGGUGCCACUGCCAAAGCAAUAGAGGCAGAAGCAUCAUCCCCUCUUCACCACCUAGCCAACUUUGACCCUGGCAUUAACCAGACUUUUUCCAGGAAAACUGGGUUCUGGCAAGGGGUGGCAUUGUUUCUUCCAAUCUGCUGAUUUUCUUGGCUGCACCUUAAAAACAGCAGUCAGCUCCCUUGACCCUCUGCCAUUCCAUUGGUCUUCAGGCCCCAGAAUUCUGGGGCUGAAAUGUUGAGGAAACGCCAGUGACUUAUUCCAGAGUGCCUCAGUUAGGGGAACUUCUGUAAAGAACCCUGGGUGUUGAGCAAAAACCUUAUUAAUGCUAUUAAUGACCUAUAAUUAGAAGCUUCCUGCCUCUUUUUUUUUUUUUUUUUUUUCUUGGUUGCUCCUGUGGAAAAUACUAAAAUUACUAAGUUUUGUUUGUCGUCUUUAUAAAGGGGGAGGUGGAGAGACCCCUUCAGAGCAGGGAUUGUGCCGGGAGAGUGCCUCUGACCUUUGGGACAGUUCAUCCACAGAAAUUUCUAAGCUGAUGGCUUGUCUGGGGUUUUGGUAUUUGGAUUUGGGGGGGAAAACAAAACAAAACAAGCAUUUUACCACACAGAAAUUCGUCAGCUGAAAAGGGAGCGGCAGAUGGACUGAUGCCCUUGCUGGGUCUGUCUUUUCUUUAGGACUAUGAGGGAGAAUGGUUUUUUUAGAGGUGAGGAUUGGUCCUUGCAAAGGAGAGAAAUAUCUCUGGAGGACAAAGAACAUGUAAGUUCAUGGUCCUGCAUCUACUCUUAACUGCGGUCUUACCAGAACCUGGCCUCCUCAGACUGCAAGACCAGACCUCUGCCUUCAUCUUUCCACGUACUGGGGCAAAAAACCACAAAGGAAAGGAAGAAAAUUAUAUAUAUAUAUAUAAUUAUAUAUAUAUAAUAUAAAAUCACUUGGUGAUUAAAAAAUAACUGCUCAAUAAAUAAAACAACUAAAGUCACUAUGUUUAAAGGGUUUGGUUUUUUGGGGGGAAAUAUUGUAAAUAUAUAUUUUUUGUUGCUUAUUUAGAAUCGAUCUACAAUGUUGUGCUAAGAUUUUUAAAUUAAAUGUGAGCAUUAAGGGAAUAAGUCUUAGGCCACCAGCUGACACAUUGGCAUUAUUUUGGGUCAGGGAAGGAAGGAAGCUAGUUGGACUGUUUUCUAAAAGUUCCCCCCCCCACUUGGUUUUAGAAAGAGCAAAGAUGUCUUCUGACAUUUGGGAAUGGGAGAUAUUUGUGUAAUAAAAUUUUUAAAAGACAAAAAAAGAAAUAGCCCCCAAUGGGAAAUAUUUUGAUUUGGUUUUUUUGUUUUUGUUUUUAAAUAAAAAGACUU